AUGAUACAGGCAGGUCCUCCUGUGCGCAACAGCCGCGUACGGAGUCGGAGGGGGCCGCGGCCCAAGCGGCGGCGCACCACCUCGACCCGCCGCAAGUCGCCGGUCGCCGCGCCGGACCCCUCGGCCGCCCAGCGCAUCGGGCCCAUCGUCGACGUGCAGAUUCACAAGCCGUCUGACGGCGACGAGGAGCGGCCGAUCCUGGUGACGCGCGGCAGGAACGUACGCCGCACCACGGCCGGGCAGAAGCGCGCCGCGCCGGCCGACUCCGACCAGCCCGGUCCCAGCCACAAGCGCCCGGCCACGGCCCACGGUGGUGACUGGUCAGAGCGGGAGAACACUUACCUGCUGCUGUCGCGCGUGGCGCUCGGCCUGCUGGCCGACACGUACAAGGUGCCCAGCCGCCAGUACCUGACCGUGCGCGACGCCCUCCACGAGACGAUCGAGGAGUCGCGUAACAAGACGGCGCACGCGGUGCACCGGCGGAUCGCGUUCAUGCUGCGCCGCCGCGAGACGGCCGCCAAUGUCAGCCUCACCAUUCAGGAGCACGCAGCCGACCCGGACAUCCGCCGCAUCACCGGCACGCCCUCGCAGAGGCUGACGCAGAACACGCACAACACCGAGGUGGUGUUCCCGAAGCGGUUCCGCGAGGUGAUGGCGGUGCUGUUGGCCAAGUGGGACGCGUCCUCCACUAAGGGGAGCCUGCUGCCGGAGGACUACGCGAAGCUCAGCCAGCAGUUCGACAUCGUGCUGGGCGACAACUCGUUCCUGGCGUCGCGCGAGGACAAGACGGCGCCGUCGCUGCAGCUGUACCACGCCAGCCAGCGUUACCCGGAGGACCUGAUGUUCGCGGCGCUGACGCACGUGCGCACCAUGGGCGUGGCCUCGCAGCGGCGCCGCACCAUCGGCGGCCGGCUGAUGCGCGACGACAAGGGCCUGCUGCACUCCACCAGCCGGCCUUACAUCCUGUCCACCAAAGGCCGCACCAGCCAGAUCGCAUCGCUGAAAAGGGCGAACAGCGCUGCUGAAACAGGCGACCGCAACAGGACGAGUUCCGGCAACCGCUUCAUCCAGCGCUACCAGUACGGCCUGUACGCCGACUGCUACAACUUCUUCAAGACGCUGCUGUGGAACUCGCUGAAGGAGCGCGCCGUGACAGCCAUCGGAGGCGUGCAGCGCGGCGGCCAGGCGGCCAUGAUCUUCGGCCUCAUGGCCACCAACAAGCUGCUGUACGACGUGGCCGUGCCGGACAACCUGAUCCGACUGAGCACCAAGGAGAAGGAGCAGGGCACAGCGCUCAUGCAGGGUAUGAUGGAGUACCGGAGCGACGCGGCGGCUGCGGACCGGGGCGGUAUGGCGCUGGGCCGCUCGUCGGGCGGCACGCGCCGCGUCGGCCAGCGCUCCAUGUCCAGGCUGGUGCUGCUGGCCACGCGCGAGAGCCAGGACACCGAGCUGCUGAUGGCCGGCGGCAACCGGCCCGGCAGGAAGGACACGCACAACUACCACGAGCAGCUGCACAUCGUGCCGUUCACGGUGCUGGCGCGCCUGGUGACCCCGGAGGAGAGCGCCGCCGGCGGCUCGGCCGACGGCGAGGGCCCCAUGGAGGUGGACGAGCAGUACAUGCCGGUCAGCCCGCGGCUGGCGCAGACGGCGCGGGACAAGCUCGCCAGAAUGCUGUCGGAGGAGGCGCCGGGCGCGGCGGCCGUGCUGGAGCGGCUGCGGGCCGAGGACGCCAUCACUGACCGGGACGCCUCGCACAUCAAGCAGCUGCUUUCGAUACUGGAGGACGCCGGCGAGCUGGGCAUGGAGCCGGCGCAGCUGCUGGAGGAGAGCAGCCUGGCACGGCUCGAGCUGCGGCGUCUGGUGGCGCUGAUGGUGCAGCACGAGCUGCUGCUGCGCGGCGGCGUCACGCGCCUGCUGUACGUGGCGCGCUCGCUCGGCCAGCGCUGGGUGCUGCACUCGUACCACCUGACGCGCCUGCAGCAGGAGUCGGCCGCCAGCGGCCUGGCCGCCGUCGGCGGCGACCUAGCCUCCUCCAGCCGCAAGGACAUGCAGCCGGUGUUCUUCCAGACGGCGCCGUGGCGGCGCGUCGGCGGCUCCGUGAACCGGCGCGUGCUGGACCGGCUCUCCGGCGCCGUGCUCAGCCACUGCAUGACGUGGCCGGCCUGCCCGCUCGCUGCCGUCCAGAGCCACUUCCAUCCCAUGCUGACGGCAGUGCAGACGCGCCAACUGCUAGAGACCCUGGAAGAGGUGGGGUGCGUCACCCUGACCGAGAACAGACAGGUGUCCCGCACCACGCUCUUCUCCAAGCGCUCCGAUCUCGCCUGGUUCGAAGGACCCGCGGACGACUGCAGCCCGCCCGACAGCGUGCUGGUGAUGCCGGCUGCGGAUGCCGUGCUUAAGUUCGCCUGCUUCGUCGGCGACAAGCCCUACAGCCAGGAGUUCCUCGACACCGUCGGGCUGUAGUGAGCCGGGUCCGCAGCCGCGGUGUGCUCCCGCGUCCGCGCCAGUA